AUGUCGUCGCUUUUUGGCCGUGUAGCCCCGCAACCUCAACAGCAGCAGACAGAUGCUCAAAAGAAGGAGGCUGUCAUGAACAGCGUCCGCCAGGAAGUUGCGGCAGCAAAUGCAAAGGAACUGGUCGAUAACAUGACUGAAAAAUGCUACGCAAAGUGUGUGACAAAGCCUGGGACGUCUUUGACGAGCUCUGAAGAGACCUGCGUUGGACGAUGCAUGGAGUUAUAUCUCCAAGCAUCGCUCUUUGACCCUGCCUCACCUCAGAUGGCCGCAACGUUCGAAGCCAAUGGCAUCAAACUGCAGCAAGCAUCCGGCGACGACGAUCCAAGCGAUGUUCUCCUCACCGGCUUUGUCUUUCCAGAUCAACCACAACAUACAAUCCCAGCCCUCGUUCUCAAGUCGACAAAGGAUCGCAUCCAACAACUAAGCGCGACGGUAUCUGCACCUCUCCACGACCUCGAAAAUCCGUUCAAGAUUACGACUUCAGACACAGCCGGACAAGGGCUCUUGGCCACGGUUGAUAUCCAGCCAGGACGCCUGAUACUCUCCGAACGACCCUUAUUCGUGACUCGUUCUGAACUCCCCGCUAGCAGCUCGCAAAUCGAAACCUACCUCCAAGUCCUCUUUGCACGCCUGCCCCAGGUGCAGCAAGCAAUCUUUUCCAAGCUCGAAAACUGCAAAUCCCCACUCGAAUGCGGUCCACUCCUCGGUCGACUGCGCACCAAUGGGUUCACAUUUAACCCAUACCCGGGCGCACCCCCUCAUGCAGGCGUAUUCGCGACACUAUCGCGUUGCAACCACAGCUGUGGACCCAACGCAUUCGCUCACUUCAAUCACCAGACCUGGGCGAUUGAACUACGUGCGAGCCGUGCCAUCAAGGCUGGGGAAGAGAUUGUCAUCUCUUACGUCGACGUCCUCGACCCUUGUUUGAAACGACGAGCGCAGUUGGCUGCAAACUAUGAGUUUACCUGCAAGUGUAAAUGGUGCACGUUCCCAAAGAGUAAAAAGGUGGAAAGCGACGCUCGGCGAACAGAGAUUGCAAGUUGGCCAGAGACCAAGCUUGUACAGGUGCUACAGAGUGGCUCCACAUCGGUACAGUCACUCUUUGGGGAAACAAGCUCACAGGCAGGCGCGGUCAACCCGUCCGCGCUGAUCAUGCCGACAAUCUCGAAGAUUGUGACCAUUUCGCGAGAAGGGUUGGAGCCGUUCUCGUUACCUCAUACACUUGCCUUGUCCAAGGUCUACGCUCAACUUGGAGAUGAGAAGAAUUAUCAGAAAUGGCGGAUGUCGUCCAGAGACCUAAGUCUGGCGCUGUGUGGUGAGUCUGAAGAGACGGCAACGGCGAGCCAACAGCUAGACGAUCCAGUCAACACGGUUUCAGGCUGGGGAAGUUACGUAGAGGCCCAGGGAAUAAGCGGCGCUUGA